AUGGCAGAACACGAAGGUCACUCUGAGGUUCGUGAGAAGCUGCGGCUCAUGAAGAGCCCAGUUGUCUUGUCUGAGACCUCUGAGACCUCCCAUGGAGGCGCCGAGAUGCCCAAUCUAGCCAAUUUCGGAGAUCGUUAUACAGACAACUCUAUCCAAUUCAUGAGACACGAAGAGGCCGGCACACUGGAAAUCUUUACCGACCUUUUCUUUGCAGCCAAUUACGCCGUUUUUUCCAAGACACAAUCAGUUACCAGUCAUGAGCGAGUUGCAUCAUAUAUUGGAUACUUUGGUAUGCUCUGGAUGACUUGGCUCGUCGUGGGACUUUAUGAUGUCCGGUUCGUAACAGACAGUAUUUUCGAACGAUUGAUUCGAGCCGUCCAUCUUGGAGCCUUUGUUGGAUUUGCAGUUGUUGCUCCGAAAUUUGAUCCCAGCAAUCAGGAUGUAACAACCAUGCGAGCAAUGUCUCUUAUCCUAAUGGUGUCUCGUUUGGGCUUAAUGAUCGAGUAUGGCAGCAUCCUUUGGCACGUCAGACGAUUCAAGAACGUCCAUAUUUCGUUCUAUGUCCAAAUGUCCAUCCACUUCAUCGCUGCCAUGAUAUAUCUCGGUAUCGCAUUCCGCUUCACCAACUCAAAGGAGAGCAGAGUAUUUGUUACCUGGUACGUCGUUGGUGCUGUGGAAGUCCUGUCGACUUUCGGAGCGGCGAUAUGGUUCCCGGUCCUCAGUCUCGCCAAAACACACCUGAUGAAUCGAUUGUUUCUCUUGACUGUCAUCAUCCUCGGUGAAAGUAUCGUUGUCUUGGCUGACAAGGUAGUCAUCAUCGUCGAGAACCCUGACUCUUGGGACGCCUCAAUUAUCGGAAUCUUGACUGCCGGCGUAGCAACAACCUACAUGGUCUUCUUGAUCUACUGGGACUGGAUGAAGACGGCAUAUCUGCCACCCCUGCGCCAAAUGCUCUGGACUUUGGUUCACUUCCCAUUCCAUCUAGCUCUUGUCCUCUUCAUGCAAGGCUUUACGCAAUUCAUCCAGUGGUCCAAGGUCAUCGACGUGUUGAACAACUUGUCUACGAACUGGAUAAUUUUCGACCCAGUCAAGCUAGCUCAUACUACCAGUGAGAAAGUACAGCAAAACCUGACGGCCGAGCUGAACAAAUUCGAAAAUUUAUAUCCUCCAACGUAUGUCGCAACCAUUGAGCUCAUCCAGGAGGCUCUUGAUAAUAUCACGGACAUUCCCAAUGCCUUCUGGCCCAAACUGGGCAAGGCCCUGACGAUCGAUGACUAUGACCUGCCAGACGAUGAGAACACUUUAACAUUCUAUAACCUGUUUUCAGGUCUACUCAAUGCCAUGGAAAACAGUGUCUUUGCGGUAUUCGAAAUUGAUCUCCAAAAAGAAGCUCUCAAGGAAGAGAGAGAAAAGGGUGGUUCAUCAGAAGAGCAGUCGCUGUCCGCAAAUGGAGCCCAGAUCGACGACGCGACCUGGGAGCGAUAUAACCUUGUGUUUACAUUUGGUUAUAUCGCAGCCGGCGCUUGUCUGGCGCUGAUGGUGCUUCUCUCAAUCAUUGCCCGCGUUACUCCUUGGAAGCCUUGGCCCGUGAUCCGAUCAAUUAUUUACCUGCUUCUGGCUCUCGGCAUGGGUCUUGUUGCCCUGCUCAAUCUCAACGACGAUAAAUUGAGCGCGUUCCUGAACACUCCCUGGCUUCUGCCCACGCUCUGCAUUGCUUGGACUGUUGUUCUACUCCUCACGCACAUUCACCACGAUAUUCCCCUCUUCUUCAGCAGACGUAGCCCUAGACCAGGGCGUCGCGAUACCAUGGAGACUAAGUCGAACAAUGAUUCCGAGCAUGCGCAGCCGAUGGUUCACAACAUGGACGAUUCGACUUCCUAUGCAGGCGCGGGAAUGCACCACGGAUAUCAACCAGCACCUCAGGCUCAACACGGAAGUGAAUAUGUCUGA